GACAAAAAAGGACAAGAACACAUCGUGUCUGAAAUUGAUAAUCUCGACUUUCGUUUCUCUCUCUUAAAAAAAAAAUCACUCUCACACCAAAAAAAAAACCCCAAAAAACCAAACCCUUCGUAGCUCGUUUUUCACUUCAACGCGAGAUCUAAUCGAACACCUGAUAAAAAUUUAGAGGAAUUCAUGGAGGAACCAGAGAAGGGUUUGUCUAAUUGUGAAACUUCAGAAACCCUAGAUGGGUCUGUGAGGGGUCAGGUUAACGUUGUUGGGGAAGAUGGGGUUUGUAAUGGGCAGGAUGAAGUGGGCUGUGGUGGUGAUUUUGUUAAGGGUGGGGAGGAUUUGAGUGAGGAUGUGAAAUCUGUUGGGGUAGGUGAUGGGACUGAGGUUCAGUUUGAGGACGAGUCGCAGGUUGUGGGAUAUGAAGAAGGUGGGAGUGAGAAUGCGGUGGUUGAGUUGGGUAGCGUGGUUUUGGAACAAGAAAUGAGAGAUGAAGCAGUAGUUGGUGGUGGUACUGGUAAUGAGUCUUAUACAGUUGUUGAAACAACGGGUGGUGACUUUACUAUGGAGGAUGGUGCUGGAGACGUAGAUCAUGAGAUGACAGAUAUUAGUGGUGAGAAUGCUUUAGGAUGUUCGAUAACAGGUAGUUCUGUAGGGGGAGAAAAUGUACAAGAAAAACAGAAAGAUGGGAAUGUGAUUGGUCACGGAACACCAGAAGAUGGUAAUGAUGUGAUCGUACAGAGUAAUAAAAUUUUGGAUAAAGGAGAGCAGCCAAUUUGGAAUGAUAAAGUUGACAUCGACUCUGAUGAUGUUCAUGAAGUUGUUUAUGGAACUGGAGUUGAAGUAGACAAGACCCUUUUGAAUUCUGAUGAAAAUCAAAGCUCUAUUGAUCAACAAAGAACAGAAAUAAGUAAAACAAUGAACCAUACUGCAGAGAUUAAAGGUACGCUGGAAAACUUGGAUGCUAAUGCAAUUGGAGAAAAAGACGCUCAAAUUACUGACCAAGGGAGCCAUGUGCCGUUGUGUGACGGAAAGCAAAAAUUCAGCAAUGAGUCAAAUAUGAGGCAAAACGUUGAAGAGCGAGAAUUUGUUUCUGAACAGGUUGGUCCAAAUGGAGGGCAGGAAAUCGAAGAAGAAUCUAAUGAAGCUGGAAAGAGAAAUCCAGCAGAUGGAAAAGCUGCAAAACAUGCACUCGUGAAGCCUGGUUUUUCAGAAAUAGUUAAUCAGGCACGGUAUUCUCUACCAACAGAAAAAAAAGAGGGCGAGUUUUCUCUAUCUGAUAUGGUUUGGGGAAAAGUGAGGAGCCAUCCAUGGUGGCCUGGUCAGAUAUUUGACCCCUCGGAUGCAUCUGAGAGGGCAAUGAAGUAUCACAAAAAAGAUUGCUAUUUCGUUGCAUACUUUGGUGACAGAACAUUUGCAUGGAAUGAAGCAUCUCAGUUAAAGCAUUUUAGGGCACAUUUCUCCACAAUUGAAAAGCAGAGGAGUAGUUCAGAAUCAUUCCAGAAUGCUAUAGACUGUGCUUUGGAUGAAGUUUCAAGACGAGUCGAAUAUGGGCUAGCAUGUUCUUGUAUACCUAAAGACACCUAUGACACGAUUAAAAGCCAGACCAUAGAGAACACUGGGAUUCGAAAGGAAAUAAGUUUAACACAUGGGGUGGAUGAAUCUCUAAAUGCUAACUCAUUUUCACCUACGAAACUUAUAGAUUAUGUGAAAACACUAUCUGAGUUGCCUACAGCUGGCUUUGAUCGCUUGGAGCUUGUGAUCGCUCAGGCUCAGCUGCUUGCAUUUAAUCGUUUUAAGGGCUUCUCUUGCUUGCCAGAAAUACAACAUUGUGGAGGUGGUGACAAGGACAAUUCAUUUGUUGAUGAUGAACAAGAUUUUUGUGAAGUUAUUGAGAACGAUCAAGCUGAUCCUAUAAAUUUAAAAAAGAGAAGCAGCACCCGUCAAAAGCGUAAGCAUAAUUUCAAGGAUACUAUCCAUCCAACAAAGAAGGAAAAAAGGAUGUCAGACCUAAUGAAUGGGACUCCAGAUUCUCCAAACGGUGAUUGUUUCAUUCCAGAAAAUCUGGUUUGUUUCCCUCCAGAAAAUCUGGAUUCACCGGAACAUUCCAAGAAAAGGAGUGCUAGCGAUCCUUAUGCCGAUGACUCUGAAAUGCAAGAUGGCAGAAAAACAAUUUCUGUUGCAAAAGUUUCAAAUACCACAAAGUCAUCAUUUAACCUUGGUGACUGUAUUCGUAGGGCUGCUAGUCAACUCACUUCGCCACCUUCUUUAUUGAAGUGUUCUAGUGACCGGUCUCCGAAGACAGAUGGAGACAUUGAUGGUUUUCCUGAGAAUGGAUUGGAUGUUUCUCUCCCAACUGUUGAGGAUGAUGAGAACAUGACAGAAUAUUCUUCUCUAGAUGAUUUGCUAUCUUCACUUCAGUGUGUGGCACAAGAACCCCUUGGAGAAAAUACUUCUCUGAGUGGCAUAGUCAGCUUCUUCUCUGAUUUCAGGAAUUCUGUAAUUGUGGCGGCUGAUUGGAAAGAUGUUUUACGUACGGAGAAAGUUGGUACUAAGAGGAAGAGACCACCACCCAUAGCUGGAACUGGAUCACCUGAAACAUUUGAAUUUGAAGAUAUGAGUGACACAUAUUGGACUGACAGGGUCAUUGACAAUGGCAAUGAAGAGAAACCAGUGCAACAACCAUUGCGGAAAAACCCGAAAAAAGACGAACAACUUGUCGCUGCUAAGUCACCGAAGCCUGCUGCUAAGACACCAAAGCCAGCUAAGUUACCGAAGCCAGCUAAGUCACCAAAGCCAGCUCAAGUCGAUCGUAGGCCCUAUAACAAGAAAAAGAAUUCCGACAACAACCAUGCCGAGACUUCUGAAAAGCCUUCUGGUUAUAUAGAUGAGAAUGCUCCUGCUGAGCUUGUAAUGAACUUUGCCGAGUUCAAUUCUGUUCCCUUAGAAACAAACCUUAACAAAAUGUUUAGGCGUUUUGGACCACUAAAGGAAUCUGAAACAGAAGUUGAUAGAGUAAGCAGCCGGGCAAGAGUGGUCUUUAAGAAGUGUGUAGAUGCAGAGGUAGCUUUCAGUAGUGCUAAAAAGUUCAACAUAUUUGGAUCAGUAUUGGUAAAUUACCAGCUUAAUUACACUCCAAGUGCUCUGUUCAAAGCUUCAUCUGUUGAUGCAACACAAGACCAGGAAAUGCUUCUUGAUCUCUCCAAUUUUGACGUUAAUAUGGUCUAAAUUGUUUGGGAUUGUUUACAAUUAUAUGGCGGCAUAAAUUUGGCUGAAGAAAUUUUUACAAAGUGGCUGCUGAAGAAGGUAUCCAGAAUGUUGAUUCGUCCGGACAUUAAUUUUUCUGUGAAAGAGAUAUUUUAGGCAGUAGGAUUCCUUUGUAGUUUUGUGUAUAGCUUUUUCAACUGACCCUCAUUUGUAGUUGCCAUCACUCUCCUUUCAGAAUUGUUUUUAUUUCUCUAGUCUGAAUAUUGGUCUUGUAUCAAUAUCAAUUCUACAUAUACUAGUCAUCAGUGAUUAUACUAGUCAUCCCUUUGGAGGGAUACAAUUUGCUGUUA